AUGGGCGACAUCAAGUCCAUCAACGCCACCAGAGUGGCCGUCACCGCCCAGUCGGCGACUGAGCUGAUUGGCAACACGCCGCUCGUUCGUCUAAACAAGAUCCCCCAGAGCUUGGGAAUCGAGGCCGAGGUGUACGCCAAGGUCGAGCUCUUCAACGCCGGCGGCAGCGUCAAGGACAGAAUAGCCCUGCGCAUGAUCGAGGAGGCCGAGAAGAGCGGCCGCAUCAAGCCCGGCGACACCCUCAUCGAGCCCACCAGCGGCAACACUGGUAUCGGCCUGGCGCUCGUCGGCGCCAUCAAGGGCUACAAGACCAUCAUCACCCUCCCCGAGAAGAUGUCCGCCGAGAAAGUCUCCGUCCUCAAGGCCCUCGGCGCCACCAUCAUCCGCACCCCGACCCAGGCCGCCUGGGAUAGCCCCGAGUCGCACAUCGGCGUCGCCCGCCGCCUCGAGAAGGAGAUCCCCAACGCCCACAUCCUCGACCAGUACGGCAACCUCGACAACCCGCUCGCCCACGAGUUCGGCACCGCCGAGGAGAUCUGGAACCAGACCAACGGCGCCAUUACCGCCGUCGUCGCCGGCGCCGGCACCGGCGGCACCAUCACCGGCAUCGCCCGCGGCCUCAAGAAGCACAACAAGAACAUCAAGGUCAUCGCCGCGGACCCCCACGGCAGCAUCCUCGCGCUGCCUGAGUCGCUCAACCAGGAGCACGUGAACGAGGGCUACAAGGUCGAGGGCAUCGGCUACGACUUCAUCCCGGACGUGCUGGACCGCGAGAUCGUCGACAAGUGGUACAAGACCGAGGACCGCGAGUCGUUCCAGCUCGCGCGCCGCCUGAUCGCUGAGGAGGGUUUGUUGGUCGGCGGCAGCUCCGGCUCCGCGAUGGCGGCCAUGGUCCGCGCCGUCAAGGACCUCGGCCUCGGCAAGGGCGAUACCGUUGUUGUCGUGCUGCCCGACAGCAUCCGCAGCUACCUCUCCAAGUUCGCCGACGACGACUGGCUGGCCGCGAACGAUCUCCUGCCCGAGGUCAACGGCCUCGAGACGCAGGCCUCCUCGAACAAGCCCGAGACGACGGACCCCUACCACGGCGCGACGAUCCGCGCGCUGCGCUUGAAGCCCGUCAUGACCGUCUCCGCGUCCAGCCCCGUCUCCGAGGCGUCCGAGAUCAUGCGCGACAAGGGCUUCGAUCAGCUUCCCGUCCUUUCUGCGACGGGCAACAAGCUCGUUGGUCUGGUCACGCUCGGCAACCUGCUCAGCUACGUGUCUUCCGGCCGCGCGUCCGCGAGCAGCCCCGUCAGCGACGUCAUGUUCGACUUUGGCCGCCUGGACGAGGUCGUCACGGAUCCCAGAGAGAUCGCCGGCGGCGAGGCCAAGGAGAAGGGCAAGAAGCGCAAGUUUGUCGAGAUCACGCUCGACACGCCGCUGUCGACGCUCAGCAAGUUCCUCGAGUGGAACAGCGCGGCGGUUGUUACCGAGAAGGGCGAGGGCAACAAGGCGCUUUCGAAGCCUGUGGCGGUCGUCACCAAGGUCGACCUGCUCACCUGGGUUGUGAACAAGAAGGCGUAG